UACGUAUGAGAAAUACCACAUGCUGUAAAUUCUAACCACUUAAACAUCAGCUGUUGAUGUCUCAGUGCUAAAUCUGUUAUUUGUUUAAAAUUUGGUGGUGUGUUUAAGCGCUUGUCAGGCAGGACAUCUUGUUUUUUCAGUUGAACUAGAACCAGUUUUACGUUGGUGACAUGGCGGGUGGUCGACAAAUAAUAGAGACGUUGGCAAAGCGCAUAAGUUCUCAAGGUUUUGACAGAGUGUUGAGCAAGCUGAAAGUUGUAUCAGGUGGUAAUGGAAAAUGUGUAGCGGAGAUGAAGGUGGAAGAAGAGCAUCAAAAUUAUGGGGGAACCUUACAUGGCGGCAUGACUGCAACAUUAGUAGAUAUAGUCUCUACUCUGGGCAUGUUGACUCAUGAGAAGGUUCAAUCGCCCGGGGUAACAGUUGAUCUGCAUGUCUCAUAUCUUAAAGCGGCAAGAGUGGGGGAAGAAAUAUUGGUAGAAGCUUCAACAAUAAAGGCUGGCAAGACCUUGGCAUAUUUGCAUGUAGACAUUAAAAAGAAGGACACAGAUGAAAUUAUUGCCAGAGGCAGUCAUACCAAGUUUAUUGGUACAUCGUAGUUUUGUGUUGGUGUGGUGUUGAUUAAUAGAGGGUUCAUUGGAACCUGCUCACUGUAAAAUGUAAGGAUGUGAUUUUGUUGUAAAAAGAAAUUAUUGGUAUUAUAAAGGCGAUGUUUCAUAAGUU